AUGGAUACUAACACAUCUGGCACUGCCGCCUCUCUACCUUACCACGAGCCUGACAUAAUCACCAUCCUGGUUCAGACGUCUUUCCUGCUGCUGCUCAACAUCGUCAAUGCUGCCCUCGACAGAGUCCUGUACUGUGGACUGCUGGGCCAAGUCGUGAUUGGCAUCGCUUGGGGGACACCAGGCGCAAAAUGGCUGUCAGUAAGCGUGGAAGAGACCAUCGUUCAGCUAGGCUAUCUUGGUUUGAUACUGCUCGUAUAUGAAGGUCUGUCCAUCUACCACUUCUCCAGCUCGCAAGCCAUGUCAUACUUGCGAGGCGGGGGCGGGCUACACACCUCGUUCCAAUCCCUCAAAGCCAAUUUACUCCUCUCUUCUGGCGUCGCCUUGACUGGAAUCAUAGUCCCCAUCGGUCUCUCCUAUACCCUCCAGGGACUGCUCGAUGCCACUCCUGUACAGGCUUUUGCUGCAGGUGCUGCACUAUGCUCUACCAGUCUGGGCACCACCUUCACCGUCCUCGGCUCUAGUGGCCUCUCAUCCUCUCGACUCGGUGUGGUUUUGACGAGCGCAGCGAUGAUGGAUGACGUUGUCGGACUGGUCAUGGUUCAGGUCAUCUCCAAUUUGGGAAACACGAACUUCAGUUGGGUCAUUGUCGUACGACCCGUUCUUGUCUCAAUCGCUUUCGCUGUCAUUGUUCCACUUGUUUGUCUGUUCCUUGUCAAAGCUGUCACAAUACGGCUCAACGAGUUGCGCGAGGCUCAUCCAACUACGCAAUUCAGCCAUGUCUUCCGCAAGACGCAGACGGCAUUCGUGAUACAUACCCUGCUUCUCAUCGGCCUCGUAGCUGGUGCCACUUAUGCGGGAACGUCGAAUCUGUUCGCUGCUUAUAUUGCAGGAGCAACGAUCAGCUGGUGGGAUUCCGAAGUACCUCAUGUUGUCAUUCGUGUAGACGCCCCUCGAACUCAACAAAUCGACAAGCAAGAUAGUGGGGUUCUUAAUAGAUCUGGAGAAGCGUCUCCAAAAGAGCAACCUAUUGCAAGUCGUCUCGGCGAUGCCGUCGGUAUCGGGUCCACACCACAACCCAAGGAGACGGCUGGUCAGGAUGUGCAAACCACUAACUACCCAGAAUCUCACGAUAACGGACAUGAAACGCGUGGGGCCGUUGUUUAUCAGCGGUACUAUCAUGAAGCCGUCUCAAGGAUCUUGCAGCCGUUGUUCUUCGCAUCUGUUGGGUUUUCCAUCCCAAUCACUCGCAUGUUCAAGGGAUAUAUAGUUUGGCGAGGAGUUGUUUACACCGUUCUCAUGGCUUCUGGAAAAUUAGUUUGUGGCCUAUGGCUCGUCAGAUUUUCAAGUACGCCAGGCAAGGGAACCAUAAGUAAGCUAGUGACAAACAUAAAGCCGCCAUCAACUCCUCGCCUUUGGCGGAAGAGUGACACAUCAGAACAAUCAGAAACUGUCCGCGCUGCUGAAGAGUCGACAGCAGCAUCGGCCCAUGAGUCACGAAGCUCGCCCAACCCACCAAAGCCAGUUUCUCUCUAUCCGCCUCUCAUUCUCGCGCUCGCAAUGUGCGCUAGGGGAGAGAUCGGCUUCCUUGUCUCUGGUGUCGCAGAGUCCAACGGAGUUUUCUCUCCCUCCGGGAAAGCCUCGGAUGAACCGUCAGACAUUUUCUUGGUUGCCACUUGGGCGAUAGUUCUUUGCACUAUUCUCGGCCCACUCGGUGUUGGUCUGUCGGUUCGUAGGGUGAAAACGCUACAGGAGCAGAAGAACAAGCAACGGGAGGGCGCAGGAAGAGACGUGUUGGGUGUUUGGGGCGUGGAGUGA